CGCGUCGGCACCGCUCGAGCGUAGCGCGGGCGACAGCCACCUGGCCCGCACUGUCACCCUGAUCUAGCGCCCUGCCGACGCCCGGGAGGAGAUUGCGAUCAGAGCGCCAGGGGACACCUCCUUACUGACAGCCAUGCAGCCGAGCGGGGAAGAGUUAUGACAAUCACAGAGACAGCUGGAGGCACUGUUUGGGCUCAGUGACCGCUGGUUUCCGAUGUAUCCCGCGAUGUCGCCGAUGGGUACAAGUGACGACGCGACCCUGCGGCGCAUGCGCACUGCCCACGACCAAUCAGCGCUCAAGUCGGCGCCCAGCGGCCUCAUGAUGGAAGUGGCCAUCCGGUGCACCGUGCCCAGCUGUUCCUGCGAGUGCUUCAGCCCUGGGAAGAGCAACGUCCGAUACUGCGACGGCUGUAACCACAGCUGGGUGCCGCAUGCGCUGGACAAGCUGGGCGGCCAGACGACGGUGCAGGCGAACGCCGCCUUCGACAUCGCGAGCCUCGUGCUGUACGGCUGCCAGGCGCUGCCCAUCAGGCUCAAGAUCCUGCUGGACAGGCUCUUCUCCGUGCUGCGCCGCGACGAGCUGCUGCACGUGCUCGCCGGCUUCGGCUGGUCGCUGGACGACUACGCCCGCGGCUACAUCCUGCAGCUGUCGGACGGCACGCCGCUGGAGCGGUGGCACAUGUGCGCGGCGGACGAGGAGCCGCUGGUGGUGCGGCAGUUCCUGCGCUUCAGCGAGACGCGCGCGCUGGCGCUGCAGCUGCUGGCCGCCGACGUGCGCCGCGCGCUCGCCUCGCCGCCGCCCGUCGUGCUGCCGCCGCCCUCGCCGCCCAUGACGCCGCCCCACCUGCCGCAGCAGCACCACGCCAACAACCACCACCACCACCACCACCACCACCACGGUAGCCACCACCACCACCAGCACCAACACCAACACCUACACCAGCAGCAGCAGCAGCAGCUGUCCGCGUCCGGCGCCAGCCGAGCGCCGCCGCCGGCCUCCGCCUCCAGCGCCAACGGGAAGGCGCCGUCGCCCUCCGACUGGAGCGGCACCAAGCAGCCGGCGGCGGAGGCGAACGGCGGCCCGAUGAACCUCAGCACGGGCGGGCGCGCCGCCGCCAAGCCCGCGGGCCCUCCGCCUUACUCGGCGGUCGCCCCGCUACCUGCCAGCGGACGCGCCGCCCCCAACGGCGGCCGCAAGUACACCGUGGCCGACAUCCUCAACGGAGGCUGCUCCGAGGAGCGCUCCCCGCUGGCGCACAGCGCGCUCAACCUCAGCCGCGACGCGCUGGACGGCCUCAGGAUGCGUCCGGCGCCGCCCAAGCCGCCUCCGCCGCCCCCGCCGCCGCUGACGCCGCAGCAGCAACAGCAGCAGCAGCAGCACCAACAGCAGCAACUGCCACCUCAGCUGCCGGCUGCGGCGUCCACCUCGACGCCGCUGAAGCGCCAGUGGCGUUCCGGCUCGUGCGACCUGCCCAUCAACCUGGGCACACAGAUCGUCAACCCCACCACAGGCAAGAAGCGCGUCCAGUGUAACGUCUGUUUCAAGACCUUCUGCGAUAAGGGCGCUCUCAAGAUACACUUCUCCGCCGUCCACCUGCGGGAGAUGCACAAGUGCACCGUGGAGGGCUGCAGCAUGAUGUUCAGCUCGCGGAGGUCGCGCAACCGGCACAGCGCCAACCCCAACCCCAAGCUGCACUCGCCGUAUCUGCGGCGCAAGAUGUCGCCGCACGACGGGCGGUCUGCGCAGGCGCGCCAGAUGCUGAUGCCGCCGCCCGCCGCCGCCGCAGCCGCCGCCGCCGCCGCCGCCGCGGCCGCCGCCGGCGACCCGCUUGCGCUGUCCUCGGCCCUGGGUUCGCUGCCCUUCCCGCCCUUCCCCCUGCUCAUGCCGCCCCCGCACCUGCUCAAGCACGGACUCGACAUGAGGUUCGGCGAGGAAUGCCGCCAGGAACAGUGGAACAGUAUGAGCCUGGCGAGGCCUGCGGAAGACAACGCGGCGUCGAGCAGCAGCAGCCGACCCACCGAGGAGGACGACAUGUUCGACGACGACGACUACGGCAUCGUCGUCGACGGAGACAUGGACGACGACGAGAUGGAGGAACGCGACGAAACUGACGACCAUUCUUCGAAGAACGACGAGGCGGAAGACGCCAGUGUGAGCGACUCGCAGGCCAGUGGGGCGCAGCUCAACGCCGAGACCAAGACUGACGAAGAGGUGCAGAGCAACCCGGAGGGCGGCGACGCCCCUCUGGAGCCGGCCGACGGCACCGGGUUAAAGCAGGAGCAGGCGGUGGACGGCGUCUCGUCCCCGAAGAGUUCUCGCAAGAGGAAGAACAAAAAUCCGACGCGCUUCAUGGUGUCCAACCACAAAGAAGGUACGUCGUCGGUGGAGGACGGGUCAGUGUGUGACGAAACAUAUGACUCAGCUGCUUGUAACGAGGAGAGGAUUGACAACGAAAGACUGACGGCGCAAGUGAAAACGGAGCCCAUGGAAGAGGACGAGAAGGUAAAUGCGAAAGAAGACUGGCAAGGAAGACAGGAGAGUGAAGACGUGGUGCACUGUGAGAGCGCCAGGAGUGACAAUGCCGACUGCGAGUCCAGCAGGUUAGGUCCUGACGAACAGUGUUGGGAGAAAAAGGAAGAAACUGCGAGCGUGAAAUUAGAGCCCGACUACCAGUCUGCCUCCUGCGGGAGUAUCAAGCGGGAGUUCUCCGACCAGAUGGCGGCAGCGGCGGACCAGGCCGCCGGUGGGUACUACUACCAGCACCACCAAUCCGCCAACUCCUCGUUCAGCGUGGGCAGCGCACUGCAGCAGCUGGAGUGCCUCUCGCAGCGGCAGUUCAGCGGCCUGCAGUACCUGCAGCACGGCGCCGGCCAGCAUAGCCCCGCGUCGGCGGCGCCGUCCACCAGCCCCUCCGGCUCGUCCAAGGACUCGAGCGGCGGCUGCGACGACUGCUGCCUGCCCGAGGUGGACCCGGAGAACCCGCGACGCUGCCCCGUGUGCGGCGACGUGCUGGCCGACGUGUUCGCGGUGCGCGCGCACAUGCAGAGCGCGCACAUGCGGCUGGUGCACGCGUGCAGCUUCCAGGGCUGCAAGGCGGCCUUCCCGUCGCGCCGCAGCCGCGACCGCCACAGCGACAACCUGCGCAUGCACCGCCGCCUGCUGUCCGCGCCGCACUCAGACGCCGCGUCCGCCGCCGCCGCCGCGCUCUUCGCCGACAUGAUGGCCUACAGCGACGCCGCCAGCGAGGCGUUCGCCAAGCAGUGCCAGCCCAGAUCUGUCGACAUGUGAACUGGAACUGGUCUGAGGUGCUCCAGAGCCGGUGCUGCCUCACUACUUCCCAAGUCCUCCCCCAGGUCUGUCGAUAUGUGAACUGGAACUGGUCCGAGACGCUCCAGAGCUGGUGCUGCCUCACUACUUCCCCAGUCCUCCCCCAGGUCUGUCGAUAUGUGAACUGGAACUGGUCUGAGGUGCUCCAGAGCUGGUGCUGCCUCACUACUUCCCGAGUCCUCCCCCAGGUCUGUCGAUAUGUGAACUGGAACUGGUCCGAGGUGCUCCAGAGCCGGCGCUGCCUCACUACUUCCCCAGUCCUCCUACUGUGCUGCUGUGUAGAAACCGACGAACCACCUCAAACGAGUAAUCCAAUAAACACUACUUAUCGCGCUUCCCUGUCAGUGCCGCGCUACCGCUCAUAAGCGUACUAAAGCCUAGCCAUAGUACUGCUCUCUGAAAUGAGGUAAGAAGACACGUGUGAUGUCGCUAGGCACGCGUUCCCCAGUCAGUGCCACCACAAGCGUUUCGACAUGUGAACUGACCUGAGGUUCUUCAGAACCGAUGGUGCCUCAGUACAACUCCCGUCCUCCUAUUAUGCCACAGUGGACCAGAGGAAGCGAAUUCUUUGGGACGAGUAACCCAAUAAUAUUACUUCUCAUGCUGGCCCAUCAAAGCCACUAAGUGAUCUACUGGUAAAAUGAUGCAUAUACAUAAUUUCAGUCUUCAAAAUGAGGUUUAGUAACCUCACAUGUUUAAUAAGUCAAAACUUUUCCCUCUAUUUUAAAUUCAGAAAAAAUUUGUGCCAUCUAACAAGGACACAACACAAAGUCUAUUACAAGACAGCAGUUCCAGGUACACGUGUAUAUCAAUACAUACAGGACAGAUGUUAAGGUUCGUGCUGUAAUGCGAGUCAGAAGAGAAUAAACCUUUCAACUUUCUUCUACAGUUCAAAGAUAGAUCAGUACUAGCUAGUGACUGACGCCAAGUUCUAUUUGAAACAAUAUAGAGAAGAUAGCGAGCACACUUGCUAAUCAGAAUAUUGGGGAUGCUAAACGGGAAAAAUACUGUUGGUAACCUACAUUGGAGUCAUACAGUAGUAGCAGCACAGUGCGGGAUGAGUUGGACAGUUGUAAUAUCUGUAAUUGGAGAUUGUGGGAUGUUAUCGACUGAUUGUGACUGAUUCGUCAGCAAGAUGAUAAACUGGUGUAAUGCUGAUGCAAGUGAAUGUAUGAUGGAGUUCAUGCUAUCGAAGUGAAGCAUUUUAAAAUGUUGACUGGACAAAAAGAGUACAUUUAUGUAUACGACUUAAUUGGUAAAUAUGUGUAAAAUAAUACCUACGCAGGAAGGCAGCAGGGAGGAAGAAAGAGACAGAGAGAGAGAACGUUUGGAAGAGUAGAGAUCAAUGUCAGACAGACAGAAGUUUGUCAUCUGAGUCGGUAGAUCAAUACAUCAAGUAGUGUAUGUGAAGCGUGCAGUACGAGUUGAUAACAUGACAUUAUGAUUCAUCCAAAAUUAUACGUUUGAACUGUAUGUACAACAAUACAGAUACUUACACAGGAAAUGGUCUGCCCUUAGAUGCCACGUUCGUGAUGGUUUGCUACCAUAAAAACUUCAGCUUGUGGACAGGUUAUUUCCGUUAUUGUUGUUCGCUUCCCCAUAACGAUUCAUUACGUGAUUAAGUGAGCGGUCAUGCUUGAGGCAGAAGUAUGAAUGAAGAGUCACUAGUCCAGUGGUUCAUGUCUGACUGACAUAACACCCUAAUGUUGCUGGGAUUUCAGUAUUAUGUGUUUAUACAUAUUCUCUUUCUCAUUUUCUUUAUUCUGUUUUGAAGUUCUGUAUACUCUGGUAAAGUGUAGCGUGAGUGGCAAAAUUUUGAUAUUUCUGUUGAACUACAAUAGCAGAAGCCACAUCGAAACAACUGUACAAGUUACUCAUUUUAGAUACAUUCUGCAGCAAAUUUUCCGUUACAUAACUUCAUCCACAGCAGUUUUAAUAGUGUGUGCAAUUUUAUAGUAGAAUAUUAUGUAUUAGAGAUCAUCUAAUAAGAGACGUUAUUCCCAUAUUACAUAGCAUAUUUCGCAGACUUUUUAUUUGUAUUGAAUCAAGUUUAAGUUUUCAUUGUGAUUUCUAAUAAUCUAAGCUAAUAUACUCGUUUUCCAAACUGUUUACUGAAGGCAGUUGUAGAAUACAGGCCACUUGGACAACCGACGUAGUCUUGCUAUCCGACCAGAAAACUUUUGUGCUUUACGAGCUGUUUCAUUUAGUGCAAUGUGCUGAAUAUGUGACAGUCAUGUAUUAUAAUUUAUGUGUAUAGAACCCUGAGGGUGAUUUUCGUAUAAUGUGGGGCUGUAAAUACAUGAGAGAACUCUGAAUUUCGUUAUGUAGAUCAUGGAAACAUGUAAACCCAUCCGUCGCUUUAUAAAUGUAAUAUUAUCAGAAUCGUAAUUGAUAGACCUACAUGUAUUAGAGAAAUUGAUGUGCUGUGUCUUCUUUAAAUGUAAUAACAGAAAUUUACAAUUGAUUUGUGAUCUGCUCUUCAGCAUGAUAGGCAAUAAGAAACUUAGUUUCUACAUUUUAUGAACUGUAUUUCCUACAUAGUAAUGUUAAGUGUUUCCUUUAUUACUAUAGUACAGCUAUUUACAUGCCGCAGUCAUAACCAUUUGAUAACUUAAGGAAAAUAAGUUAGAGGACAGUAGAUAGUAUUUGCUAAAUACGUACUGCAAUAAAUUCUCUUAUAGUGAAACGUACGUUUUCCUUGAGAAAUGUUUCAAUU